CCACCCUCCUCAUCAUCUAAGAGAGAUCUAGAGAGAGAGAGAGAGAGAGAAUGGUUAAGAUUGGAGGGUUCUUCGUCUGCCUCUUGAUCGUGGCAAUAGACAUCGUAGCCGGGAUUCUUGGCAUCGAAGCAGAACUCGAACAAAACAAGGUGAAACACUUGAGACUCUGGAUCUUCGAGUGUAGAGAACCAAGCCAUGCAGCAUUCAAGCUAGGGUUAGCUGCAGCCGGACUUCUGGUUCUUGCACAUGUUAUUGCAAACUUGCUUGGUGGAUGCAACUGCAUUUGUUCUCAGGAUGAACUCCAAAAGGCCCCUCCUAAUAAGCAACUCUCUGUCGCUUGCCUCGUCUUAACUUGGAUCAUUUUGGCCGUUGGAUUGUCGAUGCUGGUGAUAGGAACUUGGUCAAACCACAAGUCAAGAUCUUCAUGUGGUUUCACACACCAUCAUUUUCUGUCGAUUGGAGGCAUCGUGUGUUUUGUUCAUGGGUUGUUUUGUGUAGCUUAUUACAUAUCUGUCACUGCCUCUACUGGUUAAUACUUUAGUUAGUUUCGUUAAUUAAGCCGCGAUUAAGGAUUAAUGUUACCUAGUUAGUUUCGUUAAUUAAGCCGUGAUUAAGGAUUAAUGUUACCUUGUUCAUUUGCUGUUUUA